AUGACGUCACAUGGACCAGAAUGUCGACUGCUGACUCAUACCGAUGGACAAGUCGGUAGAUCCAGAAGACGAACAAGUCACAAGAUGAAUGUCAGACCAAGCCUACUUCUUUCUGGAGUUCUCUUCUUCUACUUUCUUCCUGUGGAAAGUUCUGGAGAUUCCGGGAUAACAGAAUUGAAAGUUCGGAUAGAUGGUCAGGAAGUUGAUCUCGGAAUACCGGGGUUUAACAGUCCCGAGCAGAAUACAACACUCCGUAUGAACGAAGAUUUUGAAUUCGUACAAGAUCUAGACAACAUCAAAGAUUCGGAAUUACUGCAGAAUGAGUUGAUAAAGAGACUAAGACGAAGUUCCGUUAUGCAGUAUGACAGAAAAGGUCCGGCUUGUUUUAAUAGAUUGGAGAAAAUGAAACAAGGGGCCAAAAACAUGGCGGUCCAGUAUGCUAUUUUGGUGGAUAAAGGACAAACAGCUCAGAUGACUUGUCAUUUCUGUCAAGAUGAAACUACGGAUAAAUUCAAACCUAUGAACUGGUACAAGUUAAACCGUGCUCAGGAUGGGUAUUAUCGCUUUAACGAAAUAGGAUUAGAUAUGCAUGACAAUCCCAAGAAAAAUCGAAGGUCGAAAACAGUUGACCAUACUUUGACUAUCAAACGAGCUACUGAAAAUGAUGUUGGAUCCUAUUUCUGUCAUGAUUUCAAAAAAGCCGAUCGUCUAAUCGGAAGAAUUAUGGACGCGGAUGAUAUUAAGUCCAUAUUGUCCGAUACUUCAAGCUUCCGAUUUUUAUACCAUUUAGACGUAAUGAGAUCAUCUGAUGCCGAGAUAAAAGAAGUUGAUCACAACCUCCGACUGAUUACGGAAUGGCAGAAAUGGGGUCCUUGUAGUAAAUGUGGUCAACCAGGAGUACGAAAGAGAUUGGGCUUGUGUAUUGUGGAGAAAAAAGAUGUCAAAUACAAAUGUUCACCGUGGUUUGUAGAAAGUGUCAUGGCGUCCAACCCAACUGGUAUACCGUGUCGUUCUACUAUUUUCACUAAUCACAUCAACGUCGAUCAUCGGUCUGAUGAAAUUGUGAAAGAACCAUGCGUUGAGAGAUGUACAAAAAAGAAAAAGAAGGAAACUUCGAAUGUAGCCAAACUAAAUGAUGUUAUGUUCCGGAAACAGAAAGUUGGUUUUGCAGGUAACGCUGUUCGUGUUAUAUAUGGUAGGGAACUCAAGAUGAGCUGCCCAGGAGCCAAUUUGGAUACAACAGUUACCUGGUUCUUUAAAGAUAAACCUCUAGAAGCAGCCGCUCUGGCCAAGAGAACAAAGGGUCGAAUGACAAUUGAUAUACAUAAUGUUUUAACCAUAAAGAAACUAGAGCUGACUGACUCGGGCAAAUACGUUUGUGCGAUGAAUAAAAAGAAAAAGGUGGAAAUUGUAUUAGAUGUUUUUAUGGACAAUACAGUGGAACUAUGGGAGUACAGUUUAUACCUAUUGGCCACCUACCCCAUAAACUUAAUGAUAUUCCUCUCGUUGUUGGUCGUCAGGCACCGACAAUAUAAAGUUGGGGUGGUCCUAACUGAGAAAAAGAUUAAAAUGCUGGAAGGCAUGAGUAGCAGCGAAUCAUCAUCUGACGAUGAAUUUUAG